GCGCUCCCGCCGCUCCGCUCGCCGCCGCGUUCCGAGGAACGUCCCCGGAGGCUGGCUGGGCGGGGCCAAUCGAGAGAAGCAUUCCGAAAGGGGCCUGCUUGGGAGCGAUCGGCGACCGACCGAGCAAGCGGCUCUUCUCCCAGGUGUGUCAAGGCAAACCAGUAGUGAAAAUGAUGGUGGUCUCAAGAGAGUGGUGUCUUCUCGUCCUCUGGAUUCUACUGCCUUCUUCUCAUGCUCAUACAGAUUUCUUCACUUCAAUUGGUCAUAUGACAGAUUUGAUUCAUACAGAAAAGGAUCUGGUGAUAUCACUGAAAGACUAUAUCAAGGCAGAAGAAAGCAAGUUGGACCAAUUAAGGCAGUGGGCUGAGAGGUUGGAUAAGUUGACCGAUACGGCAACAAAAGACCCAGAGGGAUUUUUGGGACACCCGGUGAAUGCAUUCAAAUUGAUGAAGCGACUGAACACCGAGUGGAAUGAGCUUGAGAAUUUGGUCUUGAAGGACAUGUCUGCUGGGUUUAUUUCCAACAUGACGGUUCAACGGCUGUUUUUCCCUGAUGAUGAAGAUCAGACUGGUGCCGGCAAAGCUCUCUUGAGACUCCAAGAUACAUAUAAAUUAGAUACUGACACAAUAUCAAGGGGAAAUCUUCCAGGAGUGAAGGAUAAGGUAUUUCUAACUGCUGAAGACUGCUUUGUGUUGGGAAAGAUUGCAUAUACUGAAGCAGACUACUACCAUACUGAGUUGUGGAUGGAGCAAGCUCUGAAACAGUUGGAAGAGGGAGAGGUUUCUUCUUCGAUCAACAAAGUUUCUGUUCUAGAUUACUUGAGUUAUGCUGUGUACCAGCAGGGGGAUUUGGACAAAGCAAUGAUGCUCACCAAACGGUUACUUGAAUUGGAUCCCGAGCACCAGAGAGCAAAUGGAAAUUUGAAAUACUUUGAAUACAUCAUGGUUAAAGAAAAAGAAAAAGAAGCCAACGAGUCUGUGACUGACACAGAUGAGCAGCCUGGAAAAAAAGUGAAGACUCAGAAAAAAGGGUCUCCCAAAGAUUAUCUGCCCGAGAGACAGAAGUAUGAAAAACUAUGCCGUGGUGAAGGUCUGAAAAUGACUCCUAGAAGAGAAAAGAAGCUGCUUUGCCGUUAUUACAAUGGGAAUGGGAACCCAAAUUACAUCCUAGGACCUGUCAGACAAGAAGAUGAAUGGGAUCGCCCUCGGAUUGUUCGCUUUCUUGACAUCAUCUCUAAUGAAGAAAUAGAAAAAGUCAAAGAGCUUUCAAAACCAAGGCUGAGGCGAGCCACCAUUUCAAACCCCAUAACGGGAGUCUUGGAGACUGCACAUUACAGAAUUAGCAAAAGUGCCUGGCUAUCUGGAUAUGAAAACCCUGUAGUGGCACGUAUAAAUCAGAGGAUACAGGAUCUAACAGGGUUGGAUGUUUCCACAGCAGAGGAGCUCCAAGUAGCCAAUUACGGAGUAGGAGGCCAGUACGAGCCUCAUUUUGAUUUUGGAAGGAAAGAUGAACCAGACGCCUUUAAAGAACUGGGUACAGGCAAUAGAAUUGCUACGUGGCUAUUCUAUAUGAGUGAUGUGGCAGCAGGAGGAGCAACUGUAUUCCCUGAAGUCGGAGCCAGUGUUUGGCCAAAGAAGGGGACAGCGGUAUUUUGGUACAAUCUUUUUCCAAGUGGUGAAGGAGACUACAGCACCCGGCACGCUGCAUGUCCAGUAUUAGUUGGUAACAAAUGGGUCUCCAAUAAAUGGAUCCACGAGCGUGGGCAAGAGUUUCGAAGACGGUGUGCCUUAUCAGAGUUUGAAUGAUACCAGUCCCCUUUUAUUUUUUAGGGCAAAUUAUUUUUCCCUUUCUCAUUGCCUUGAUUAAUUAACACUGAUAGUUUACACUAAUAUCCCACUCCAACUUUUGUCUCCAGUGCCAAUCACUCUUUCAACUAUGGACAAAUAUUUUAUCUAUGGACAAUAUAUAUAUAUAUAUAUUUGCAGAUAUACCCAUUUAAAUGUUUUUAUUGAGCGAUAUGCUUCAUUUCUAAUGACUGUAAGAUGCCAUGGCUAAAAAUCUUCUGUAGAGACACCAAGUUUGUGAAGGAAGCAGAAUGGAUAUAUGAACUUUUCAUCAUCUGACAACUGCUUUGCUUGGAUGGUAAGAUAUUAUAUAUCACUUCUACUUGUUUCUUUAGUUUUGAAUGCCUGAACACUUCUGUAAAAACCAGUUGUGCUUCUGGGCCUUCACUGCAAAUUGUCUGUCUUUGCCUGGUUUUACCAAGUGCCAAAAAACUCAGAAACAAAUUCUUCCUCCCAGUAUAGUUUUUUUCUUCUUCUUAUGCCUCACAAAUAAAUUGAGCUAAUUCCAAGAAAUGAGCCAGUAACUGUCUACAUAUAAAAGGCUUGAACAGAACUGCAGUUGUGCUUUGUCUGCAUAUGCCGGAGGACCCCUUUUGAAGGAAAGUUGUAGAAAAUGACUUUUGUGUGUGUAUCUAAGUGCGGCUCAUCUUUUUAAAUGUCAUUGUGAUUCAAGAUUGUAAUUUAAAAUGUACUGCUGCUUUUUAUUCUGUAAGGAAUAACAAUUUUACCCCGUGAAGGCAUGGAGACAAGAUCAGUUCUGACAUAACAUAGAGCACUGUGCCUUAUCUACCGAAUUUGAAUUUGUAUGAAACCAUAUGUAUAAGAAAAUGCAUACUUCCCUUACCAACAAUACCAAACCUUGUUUUCCAAUGGAGGGGCUUUGUGAAAAAAAAAAAGACAAUAUAUUUAUAAUACUAAAUCUUUUGAAAGUU